GUUAGUUGAUGGCUUUUGUUUAGCUGAAGUUUAAAAAUAUGUGGCGAAUAAAUUUGGUGUUUGUGGCUGCUGCGUGCAUUUCAUGCGAAUGCGCGUCAGUGGCACAAACAGCAGUGGGUUCCAGAACCCCGCGCAUAACCAAUGUCAGAUACUUUCAGACUUCGUGGGAAAACAUGGUGAGUGGCGUAGACAUGGUAGAAGUAGAAAACUCUGCUGAAGGAGCGACCAGCCUCGCCCUAGAUGGCACUGAAAACGUCGCCAUUGUAGUGCACGGGCGAGAAAGCAGCGUCUACAGUGAUUUCGGAAACACACUCCGAUUUUCACUCGCCAGUGCGGACGAAGACUUGGUUAUCAUCAUGGUAGAUUGGUCCUAUCUCUCCUUUUCGUCGUACGCGCAGGCUGCGGCGGUCGCGCCCUUCAUCGCUGCGGAUCUUAGAGACUUCAUAGUGUUACUGACCGACGCUAACUUGAACCUGAACCAGCUUCAUCUUAUCGGCUUUGAUCUGGGAGCUCACAUUGUGGGCAUUACGAGUAGAAAUGCUGUUGCUCGUGCCAUUAAAAUCACAGCAUUGGACCCCGCUGGUGUCCUUUGGGGUGCUUCUUCCCUGCGCCUCAGGGCGAGUGAUGCAGACUACGUCGAAGUAAUUCACACAGACAUAAGCGGAACUAGCGCAUUUGGUACCGCUGAUGCCCUCGGUACCUUGGACAUCUACCCGAACGGAGGGACCAGACAGCCUGGUUGUGCGAACCGCGACAACGCGUGCCACCACAACAGGGCCUGGGAGUUGUUCGCGGCGACUGUGGACACUGGUGGACACCUGAUGGCUCUGCGAUGUGACACGAUGACCCAAGUUAGCAACAAUCGCUGCACGGGGACACCACCUGUGCUAAUGGGAACAUUGACGCUUGUUAAAUUGCAGAGUGGCCUAUAUCGAGUCAACACUGGCAACACUUACCCUUUCAGUGCUUAAAAACUGUAAUUUAACACUAUAAAUAUUCCUGAAUGUAAGUUAAUAAAUAAAUUAACCCAACAAAGAA